AUGUCGGCCAUACUACCCUUUUCGCGUAGUUCCGGUGUUCCUGCUAGACCGCAUGUCGCCCCUAAACUAUCUCCUUUCCUCGUCGCGACGCUUAUCGCCCUCGUCGCAAGCUUCCACGUGUCGUCAGUUCGCGCCGCAGCUUUCCGAGCCACAGACGCGUACAGCCCCGCGUGCGGAACGCUUAUGACUGAGCCGCCUGCCGGCGGCUUUAAACGCUGGAGCGACUGGAGAACGUGGGGAAGUAAAGCGCGCAUCUUAGGCGUGCCGGGUCGCGGGCUGCAGCGAUGGGCUGACGUCACGAUUCCAUGUGGCGUUGCCGUCCUCCUGGAUAUACCCAAUAUAAGCGUGCGACGGCUGCGCGUCAAGGGGUGGCUAAAGGUUCUCGACUCCCCGAAGCUCCCUAAAAUCCACGUGCGCGCGAAUUACAUCAUGGUGUUUGGGCGACUGACGGCGGGCGAGCCGGACAAGCACUUUGCGGGGCGCGUGACGUUCACGCUGUUCCAAAAUUUCAUGGGCGGCCGCAAGCCGUAUCAGCUCAAGUAUCAACAACCCGCGGAUAAGGGCAAUCCGCGCGACAUGGGCCACAAAACGUUCGCCGUGGUGGGUGGGCAGGUGGCACUGUACGGCAUGCCGGGCGGCAGCAGCACGCCGUCGUGGGUGCGCCUCACCGAGACGGCCAACGCGGGGGCGCGUUCGAUCUACGUGGACACGGACGUGACGCGCUGGGCGCCUGGGAUGACAAUCGCGCUGGCGUCCACGUCAGCAGAUCUCAACGACGCGGAACACCACGUCAUCGCCUCCGUGUCCGUCGUCACGCCCGCGUCGGGACAGGGAAAGAGCGACGGGCGGUACCGAAUUAAUCUGAAAUCGGCGCUUAAGAAGCGGCACGACGGAGAGGAGAUUUCGGACGGAGUGGGAGGGACGGUGGGGAUUUACGGAGAGGUCGCGCUGUUGGAUCGGCACAUCGUGAUCACCGGAAGCAACGAGGCCCCGCCGCAUCAGUUUGACGGUGGCAACUUCAUGGUGUAUAUGACGCCAACAGCCCAAGAGAUCGUGGGUGUGCAAUUUCGUGCCCUGGGAAAGCAGGGGACGCUUGGUAAAUAUCCCCUGCAUUUCCACGUGUGCGGGCAAGAAGGGCAGAAUCAUGUAGUGCGAAAAAACGCCAUCGUUUUCACGAAGCAGCGGUGCAUGGUGAUUCACGCGACGGGUAAUAUGACGAUUGAGGAUAACGUUUCGUACGAAACGAAGGGCCACUGCUACCUGCUGGAGGAGGGGUCCGAAAUGCGAAAUGUGUUUCGGCGAAACCUUGGGAUCAACGCGCGGAAAGUCACCCAAGUCAUCCCACCGGCGAGUUCCAACCGUUUGGAUUUCCAAACCGACAAGCAACCGACGAUUUUCUGGCUGGCGACGCCCUUCAGCAGCUUCGUUGACAAUGUUGCCGCCGGGUCUGAGGAUUCCGGGUUCUGGCUGGAGGCAAACCCAUACAUGCGUGGUUUGUCACGGCUGCUGCCGCAAAUCGGGUCGACAGUACCCUUUUAUUACAACUGGGGCACGUGGGAUGGCAACCACGCACACUCCAACCUCUUUGGAUUCCGCACCUACCCCCACGGGUCACGGCCUAGAUACCCGUCAACCACCCAGAAUCCCCGCGUAUCGCUUAAGAACUUCCUCAUUUACCGCAACAAGGCAGGCAUCUUCUUUUUCAACAGCGAGCGACUGAUAGUGGAGAACGGGGUGUUUCUGGACAAUGGCAUCGGCAUCGACUUGAGCCGCAACGCUGGCGUGCAAGCCAAGGGCUGCCGCUUCAUCGGCCGCUCCUCCUCUGCCUGCCCAACGUCCUCCUCCAAAGGUGUAACGACUGUUGCUGAUACAGCAGGCUCGGACGUCCCAGCCGGUCCCACGACUCUGUGGAAGCCCUUCACUCUGCAAGCCUCUCUAGGCCCCCUCGACCCCUACUUUGAUCCAUCGGCCAACAGCGGCAGCGGCAGCAAUGGCAGCAACGAUGCGAGCCACUCAUCCCCGGCUUAUAACAAGGCGUUGCAGGAUCCGGCGGAAGGGGGAAUAGGAGAUGGGGGCGUUGAUUCGAUGGUGGCUCUGGACGAGAAGGUGGGGACGUUUGAGGCGCCUGUGGGAAUCACGCUGAGUCAGAGCAACCCGCAGGACAACCUGUACCCCAACGGCAUCCAGGACACCUCCUUCCACCGCUUUGGCACGUGCAGCAGCAGCAGUUUUGGAAUUGCUCUUGUGGCAAAUAAGGCUGGCGGGUACUGGAACACUGCCAUGUUCGUUAAGGGCUUGUCUUUUGGGUCAGGGACUAAGAAGUUUUGGGCCACACCCAAUCCAUCCUCUGGCCCGCCGCCCCGGGGAGGCCUGCUGGCGCGCUUCUACGCCAUCCGCGAUCUCGACGGGUCGCUCCUCGGCCAAUCAGGCUACGCCGUUGCCAACUACGACCCGAUCCUGCCGCCCGCCGCCGUCCGGGCGGCAAAGUGCGACUUCAAGAGCGCCUUUUCGGCCUAUUCCUGCACCUCCGUCUGCUACCGGUCUAUCGGGCUUCAAUAUGAAGAGUCUGGGGUUGGAUCAAAGGGGGUGGCAGCUUCGCCAAACGCGGUCAGCCGGCCCUACUCCUACCUGAAAAUCACCAGGACAGACGACGGAACAGUCUUCUACGCGUACGGAACGGAGAAUGAUGACCCGAAUGCCGGUCCCGCGGGCCCCGGGAAAAAGAAUCGGUACUUAACCGCGUCGCUUUUAGCCGGGUACACUUACCGGAUAGAGGUGGUUCCUGCGGAAACUAACAGCAACUUUUACCCGAGCAAAAUGCAGCUGAAUGUGUUCGACUGGCAGGGGUGCUCCGGCGCGGUUACCCUGAUUAUCGACUCGCCGAAUUCGAGUAGCAAGUGGACAGCGAGUGUUCCCACAGUGCCGUGCUCUUCUGUGGAUGCGACGAGGGUUUAUAAGGAGUAUGCGUGCGGGGGAGGGAAGGCGCGACUGCAGCUGGAUGUGGGGGCGAGCACGAGUGGCAAGGGACUGGCUGUGAUGGAGUUGGAUCAAGGUGUCAGCACUGCUUGCUCCUCAGACUC